UCGCUGUUUUCUGCCUCCAAAUGAAGCGCGGCACUUGUGGCAGCCAGGCCGAAAUGGCAACGCAUUCCUUUGACCUGGCUAAACGAUCAGAGUUACUGCAGUUGUUGACCAGCAAAAGUAAAGAAGAAUGCAACGACAUCCUGGCCAAUACCAACCGAAGUGACACUCUGGAAACCCCUUUGCACUUUUCGCAGCUGGUUAAAAGCGUCUGUGAAGACAAUUUGUACGAAAUUUACGACAAAGUCACGAAGGACAAAGUGAAAACGUGCUUGGGAAGAGAAAAUGGAAAUAAUAAAGAGGUGUCCGAGGAGGAGAUUGAGCAGACAUUGCACUCGCUUCGGCUGAUAUCGUCUCUCUACAUCAGAAAAACGCGACGAGUGGAGCAAAUUGUCGGUUCAGGUGUGAAGAGAGAAGAUUUGGAAAGGCUGAAUGAUCUCGAAAUCGCAACUUGCGUGGAUGGAGAAGUCUCUUUCCCGCACGAGGCGUUUGCUGAAUUCCUUACCGCCCAGAAAUUUAUAAAAGACCUUCAGGAGUGUGGCACUUCCAGUUUGAUUCUGUUUGACAGUGAAUCCAUUAAACUUCCGUACAUGCGCAUAUUCAGUAAUCCGUGUGACGAUGAUGAAUUUUCAGAAUGCAGGAAGUUUGUGGAUUUAUACUUUUCCACCAAAGAAGGUCAGAAGAAUGAAGAUCUUCUGUUUAGAAUGGCUGAAAAUACGUCGCCUUUUGUGUUUUUGACUCGUGUGUGUAGAGAUAAUUUAAUUAAUAUCUUCACGCUUAUCAAACCACACAUUUCUUUCAGACAAAAUGAAAACAAACGGUUUCAUUUGAAAAUCGGUCCCCGUCUUUUUAUCAGUGCAAUAGAAAAUGAACAAAUCGCGAUUGAAUUAUUAGAAUUGGGUUCUGUGAGUAUUAAUUUAAAAAACAUUUGGCCUGAAUUGCUUUACACAAUAAUAGAAUACGAUGCGGUUGAGGUUUUUAAGUCACUGAGAAAAAGAUUUACAGCCGAAUUAAAUCGUUUGGUUCUUGAUUCAAUAGAAAAAGCGUUGAAAUUAACUGCUAAAAUUGGACAUGAUAAACUUCUCGCUUUGUUCCUUGAGACCUAUUGUGACGCUUGUAAAAAUUGGCACGUCAAUUGCUCUCGUGGUCUCCGGAAAUGCUACGACCCUUUGAUUACUGCUGCGAAAUAUGGGCAUUUGGACCUGGUCAAAUUCCUCUUGGAAGAAAAAAUCAGUGGAAUCUCACGCGACCCAGACACAUUUGAGGCAAUGGGCAUGAAAAAAAGCAGAUGGAAUUCUUUUCACUUUGCCGUUGCAAAAGGACACAAGGAGGUUGCUGAAUUCUUGCUAUCGAAGAACAUCAAUUUAAAGAGAAUUGAAACAAGGGACGGAAAAAGCCCGCUCCAGUUGGCAGCUCUUACAAAGAAACUUGAUAUUUGUCGAUGGCUGGUGCAAGAAGGAGUUGAGUUGGAAACGUUACUCGGGAAGCAGAAGAUCCGCGAAUAUUUGGUUUGUAAAGAUUACUUCCUCAUGCUGCAGAGUGACGUCAAGAAAAAGGACGAAAGCGGAAAAACGGCUCUCCACUGCGCCGCCGAAUACGGGCACUUGGAUUUGGUCCGCGAGUUAAUCGAUUUGGGCGCGGAAAUUGAAGCCACUGACCACAACGGAUGGAAUGCGGCACACUUUGCUGGCAAAGGAUUCUUAAAAUGCGACAUAAUUGAUCAUGAGUAUAUGAAUAUCUUUGAAUUGCUGCACGAGAGCAGUAGUAAAUUGGCAUGCCAAAAAACAAACGAUGGACGGACAGUCUUGCAUAUCCUGUCAAACAAUUACCAAAGAUUUGAUUACAUCAGAGACCACAAACUGGUUCGUUUCCUUUUCCUGGUCGAAUAUGCUGGAGUUGAUGGAAAACUGAACUUGGCUGCGAAAAAAGGAGACGUGGCGCUGGUGCAGCAGUUGAUCGAGUCGGGCGCCGACCUCAAUGCCGCUGAUCAUAAGGGAAAAACCGCUCUCAUGCGUGCUUCCAAAUUAAACAAAUCGGAUGUCGUCGCAUUUCUUUUGGAACGAAACGCUGACCUCAAGAGAAAGGACGAAAAAGGAAGAAACGCGGUUCACCACGCUUUGCCUAAUUUAGAAAUAGCCAAAAUGCUUCACAGAAAAGACGAGAGUUUAGUCAGAGAAGUGACCAAGAGCGGAAACACGUCGCUGCACCUUGCAGUAAAUACCGGAUCAAUGGAUGUGAUUCACUGGCUCGUGAUUGAUAUCGAAAUAGACGUGAACGCCGCUAGUAAUUGUGGAAGCACCGCGCUGUUUCAUGCUUGCUCGAGAAAUUUCCAAGAGGCGGUCGAGUUUCUGCUCAAAAUGAACACUGACGUCAACAAGGUGGACAAAUGGGGCUACACUGCCCUUUUUUGGGCGGUUUACGAAAAAAAUUUUGAUCUUAUUCAAAUGCUAUUUGAAAAAGGUGCCAAAGUGACCAGGUGCAAAAAUUUGCUUCGGUACGCUUUGUAUGAUUUAAACAUGGUCAGAUUCUUCCACGAAAGAAACCCCGACUCGAUGAAAGACAAGAUAGGUAACACUUUGCUCCACAUUGCUGCGACAUGCUAUUUUCCCCAAUGUCCGUUUGAUGUGCUGCGGUGGCUGGUCGAGGACGGACAAUUCGACUUGGAGGCCCGCAACAAUGACGGAGAAACACCGCUUUUGGCAGCUUGCAAGGAGGGAAGGUGGGAGGUUGUCGACUUUCUGCUCAACAAAAACGCCGACGCUACUCGAAAAGACAAUGAAGGCAAGUCUGCUUUGGACUACGCACCAUUUUUAAUGAUAUAAAAGCACUUCACUUUCGGGUAACGGGCAUAAUUGUAGAUUUUUUCGGUUU